AUGGACGACGAGUUGGCUGCGGCAGAAAGAGCUCAGAGACUCAAUGAGAGGACGAAGGUUUUUCUGAUGAAAAAAUUUGUCGAGUCAGCAGAUCAGGAUGAACGGAAAAUGCGACGAGCUGAAGAAAUGUUUCCUGAUUUUUAAGAACAGGUUGGACAGAGCAAAGUCGUCUAGUACUAGUACUAUGUUGUCUCCAUUUAGAAUGAUACCGACUUCGCCUCCUUGAUUUGAUAGUACACUCCUUUCUUUUGUAGCGAAUCUGAGACAUAGUUUUCCACUUCUAAGUUGCUGUUUUUGACCAAACAACUGACGCCCAC